CCGGGGUUCAAAGGACAAGCGCGCGGCCACCCGGCCUCUGCCCCCGCCGGCACCCCUUCUCAGCGCCGCGCGCCACGCGAAACACAGCCGCCUCCCCCAGCCAAGCGGCGCGCGCACCCUGCCGCCUAGCGUCGCGUGACUCGGCUGGGGCCCGCGGGGUUAGCGCCCGCCCGCGCCACUUCCGACGCAGCCCUCGGUUCAAGUUCCGGGGCGCCGCGGAGCUCCUGGCCUGUGGAUUGCGCGCGAAGCCCUUCGGUUCCGGGGCCAGGGGCCCCGCGGCGGCCGGGAUGGAGGAGGCCGGAGCGGCGGUGGCCACGGCGGGGGAGGCCGAAUUGAACUUGUCCCGCCUCAGCAUGUCCCCGGAGACUGUGGAGUUGGAGCUGGAGGCGCGGGGCGAGGAGCGGCGCGGCGCCCGUGAGGCGCUGCUCCGGCUGCUGCUGCCUCAUAACCGUCUGGUGUCGCUGCCGCGGGCGCUGAGCAGCGGCUUCCAGCACCUCCAGCUGUUGGACGUGAGCGGCAACGCGUUGACCGCGCUCGGGCCGGAGCUGCUCGCGCUGAGCGGCCUGCGCACGCUGCUGGCCAGGAACAACCGGCUCGGCGGGCCCGGCGCGCUGCCCAAGGGCCUGGCCCAGUCGCCGCUCUGCCGCAGCCUCCAGAUGCUCAACCUCAGCGGGAACUGCUUCCAGGAGGUGCCCGCGUCGUUGCUGGAGCUCCGCGCGCUGCAGACCCUCAGCCUGGGUGGCAAUCAGCUGCAGAGCAUCCCGGCCGAGAUCGAGAACUUGCAGAGUUUAGAAUGUUUAUAUCUCGGAGGAAACUUUAUCAGAGAAAUCCCACCAGAAUUAGCAAAUCUGCCUUCUCUAAGUUACUUGGUAUUAUGUGACAACAAAAUCCAAAGUGUGCCUCCUCAGCUUUCACAGUUGCAUUCGCUUCGUUCCCUCAGUCUUCACAAUAACUUGCUGACAUACCUGCCUCGAGAGAUCCUCAACCUUAUUCAUUUGGAAGAGUUGAGUUUGCGAGGAAAUCCAUUGGUUGUUCGUUUUGUUAGAGAUUUAACCUAUGAUCCUCCAACUCUCCUGGAAUUAGCUGCACGGACCAUUAAAAUUCGAAAUAUUUCCUACACUCCAUAUGAUCUUCCCGAGAAUCUUCUUAGAUAUUUGAGCUUAGCCAGCAAUUGCCCGAACCCAAAGUGUGGAGGAGUCUACUUUGACUGCUGUGUCAGACAAAUUAAAUUUGUGGACUUCUGUGGGAAGUAUCGCCUCCCACUGAUGCACUACUUAUGUUCCCCAGAAUGUUCUUCCCCUUGCAGUUCUGCUUCUCACAGCUCCACAUCCCAGAGUGAAUCUGACUCGGAGGACGAAGCUAGUGUCGCUGCACACAGAAUGCAGAAAGUUCUUCUUGGUUGAAAAGAAUGGAGGGUGGUAUGAUACAUGUAAAAGAACUGAGCAAAGGUGAUUGGAAAAGAAAAAGACUUUGAAAUGGUAUCUUCAUCUUGAAUGUCCAUGAAAGAGUUGGAGAUGGUAGAAAAGAUUUUGUAUUUUAUCUUCCCACUCAGCAGGAAUGAGUCCAGUUCCAUGUUUGGAUUCUUUGAAUAUAAUUCACUCUGAAUGAUGGUUUCGAAUAUAGCUGAUUGUUUGCAGUUUUAUUGUUUGCAAUUUUCACUCAAGUUUUGCAUGAAUCACAUGGCACAAUGGAGCAUUCUGAAGAGCAGUGCUAUAAUAAACCAUGAGUGGUGUAACAUGUGACUGUUGAGAUGAAGAAAGAAAUGAUCAGAGCUGUAAUUAUUACCAGAGUUGUCCUUGGGUUUAGACUGAACACUAUGCCUUAACAGGAUUAGCCCUCCCUUCUUGUAUUGCCCCUGUGUCUAGAUUACAGAGCUAUUCACAUAAGCUCACAGAUGGUUGGUUACAUAGGACCUAACCCUUGCUGACCUACUAACUGGUAAAGUAAGGGAUAUAACUUUUAUGUGGGAUUUUAAAACUCUUUAGUUCUGCUCCUUUGUUCUAUAUGAUUGCUGUUUCCUUUCUGUAAUCCAGCAAUGACUGUUAAAGUGCCUUAAUCCUAGCAAGAAUUUAGAAAUUUAUUCAAGUAAUGAUGCCAGAGCAGCCUGUAUAACCUGACAUACUAUGCAGAACACUUUAAAAUAUGCUUUAACAGAAUUAGGUAAACAGCUGUUUAUCUGACAUAAGAGCUCACAGCCACUUUAACUUGAAUUUUUUGUUUAAACAUGAAGUGAUCCGCUUGUAAGGAAAUCACUUUUGCACUUAAUGGGAAGCAAUAGUCUUGAUUAAUCUUUUCAUCAUAAGACAGAAUAAUAGCUUUUGAUUUAAAAAUCUGUCAGACUUCUUUUGACAGAGAAGACAUGUAAGCUUAGAAAGCUUCUUUGUAUCUUGUGUUAAAGGAGUGGGAAAAUGAUUUUAAAAUUUUUAAGUCAUGUCUGACUCCUUUGCCUGUGUGUACUGAUCUGUAACUUUCUCUAUGUUUUAAAGAAAAACUAGA